GCCUCUUUAUUUACCCUUAGUUUAGUUUAGGUGUAGGCAUUACCGAGCACGCUGAUAUUGGAUGACACUAAAUUGGAUGGUGCGCAAAUGGCAAAUGUUUUAGCUGUGCGAGAUCAGUUGUAACCCGAGAUUGGGGGGAUAUAUGUCAAAAAGUAUGCUUUUCUCAGAGGACACAGUCGCAAGGCUUUGCAUGGUGUCCGAGGCACUCACUAGUAUUUGAGUUUUCUUUUUUAUUUAUUUUACUCGUGCAGUUUUUGCAGUCUAAUUCCCCUAAAGUUGUUCGCGAAUUUUAUUGCAACGGGGAGAGCGAUAAAGGGGUUAAAGAGAGUAAAGCGGGGGAAAGUGAAUCAGUAUGGAAGAAAAUGAUCACGGCAACAGAGAUGUGGUGGAGCGGCAGGAGUCGGCGGACGAAUCAAACAGAGCCAUCCUUCCCCUCUUACAGGCGCCGGAGAACCUGCAGAUCCCUCACCGGGUCACCAAUUUUUUCAUCGACAACAUCCUGCGGCCGGAUUUCGGACGGAAAAAGGACGGUGGCGCAAACCGCGAAGAGAGUAGCCUUGCGUCGCGGGAGAGCCACAACAGCCCAACCGCCCCUCAGACCGAACCGGUGGGGAGCACUGUGCCAGCAGAAGGGACCUCCACUCCACACACGGUUACCGGGACCAAGAAGCCUGCUAUAGCCGCCGAGGAGCCCCUGAAACCCCGCGGGGAGAAUGGAGACCAGUGCCUAAGCUCAGACUCAGACAGUUCCCAAGCCAGCUCAAACCCAUCCAUGUCUCAGCCCAUGCUGUGGCCAGCCUGGGUCUACUGCACCAGAUACUCGGAUAGGCCUUCUUCAGGGCCAAGAUCUCGGAAACCAAAGAAGAAAACGACCAGCAAAGAGGACAAGCGACCACGGACGGCCUUCACAGCAGAACAGCUGCAAAGACUCAAAUCGGAGUUUCAGACAAAUCGGUAUCUGACGGAGCAGAGGCGACAGAACCUGGCGCAGGAACUGGGCCUGAACGAAUCCCAGAUCAAGAUCUGGUUUCAGAACAAGAGGGCCAAAAUCAAGAAGGCUAGCGGCGCUAAAAACUCUCUGGCCUUGCACCUGAUGGCACAGGGACUGUACAAUCACUCCACCGUCACGUCGAAAGACGAAAAAUCAGACAGCGAUUGAUUUCCAGAGAAGUAAAAGCAGCCUCCUGACGAAAAAGAACCUAUAGUAAUCCUAUUAUAGAUUUUUAUAGAGAUGUCACAGAGAAAAAAAAACUCUACUUACAGGAAUAUUUAAUGAUGCCACAGCAGAUAAAAAUACUACAAAGUACUAUUACUAUUACUCAACGCUAACUCAGUAGCCUACAGAUGUACAUCGCGUCCAGGGCACCGUUAAAAAUACAAUACUACAAAAAAAAAAGUAAGAAUAAGAUCGCUACUACUUCGAGUCCCUACAGGAAUUCUAAUGCUACCAUAGGUCUCUGUAUGUUCCUAUGGGAAUAUUAUAGUGCUUUUUCGUUAUAUGGGAGGUUUAGACAAGCCUACAAUGCAAUAAUUUCACCGAAUAAAGGGCCAGUGUAUAGAGUAUACCAGCAUAAAUUGUUUGAAAAAAAGAGAGAUAUUUCUGCAAUAUCACGUCUAUAAAAGAUGUUGUAUAAAGGUAUGUUUUCAUUGUUUGUUGUCCCCCAACCCAGCCCAGCCCAAGCUCAACCCCAACAACCCCCCCUGAGGUACAAACGCUUACUCCCUUCAUUUUUAUAUACCGUAUAGGAUUACUGCUACCCAUGAUUGUCAUCGUUUCACAUUUUACUAACUGGCACCUGACGUUUGGAUUUGUCAGUGAAGUAAGCAAACUUUAAGUCCAAAGAAUAUUUUUCUGCUGCAUCCAGGCUACUGUGAAUUUAAAUAAAUGCUAACGCGGUUUUUAUCUUCCAUGCUUGUUGGGUUUUUUGGGGGAGGGAGGGUUGAUUGUGUUUGAUGUAAAAUAGGCAGAAGAAGGUGUUGCGUGUCAGCUGCAAAACUAAUCGGGCAGACUCUGAAUUUUGAUACUUUUUUUUUAAAUUCACAGUUUCUUACAAGUGACCGGGAGAGGUAGGGAUUUUUCUCUCUCUAACACACCACUUAACUAAAAUGCUAAUUUAGGCCUUGCUUAUGCUUGUGGUCAUCUCAUAGCCUUUAAACAAAUAUUAUGUGCGUAUUCCAUUCGUUAUACCAAUGCAUCAGUGCAGCUAUUAUAGUUUUAAAUAGCAAUACGAAUCAUUUUUUGUAGCUAAGCGAAGGCUAUAAUGCUGCCUAUUACGUCACAGAAACAACUCCGUAGCAUAAAGACAAUGAUGACGCCGAUUUUUGCGCACUCUCACGAGUAUCUUCUAGAAAUGCAGGUUAUUGGAUGUUCUUGUUAAAUCUUUCUCUAUAUACAUUUUUAUUGCAUAUCCAUAUAUCAUAAAAAGAAGGCAAAUCCGUCAGUGACUGUAUUACAAAUGUUGGAAAUCUCUUAUCGUUGUUGAAAGGACUUCAUAUGUGUAUUUAUAUAGAUUAUAUUGACAAAAAAAAAUCUAUCCAAUGACCAGUGUUGCUUUAGAGUAGAUAUCUGAGGUGUUUACACUGCUUGUUUAUCUUGCAAUAACUUCUUUUUGUUUUCUUUUGUUUUCUUUUGGGUUCUUUUUUUUGUGAAUGAAAAAUUGUUUAUGGGGCCUUUUGCAUGAAAGCUGCAAUUUGUUGUACUUGGGCAAAUAACUGUGUUUAUAAAACUUUGGUCUUUAUCAACGAAAGUAUGAUCGAGCUAAGUUUCAGACUGUAUCCAUACCAAAUUGUGGAUUAUUUGCCUUUCAAAGUCUUUUUGUUGUGUAUCUGCAAAAAGUGUGUGUGAAUUAAAAUCCACCAAACAGAAAACACACUUUGCCUUAAAGUUCAAGUGUGAACUUUUUAUGAAACAGAACUGUGCCGAAUCAGAGAAGCAGUAUUACUUCAAAUGCAGACUACUCAAGUUUAAUGCCUUUAUGAAAAACUGCUGGUACGACAUUAUGAAUUUACUCAUCAGCGUAUAUCUAUCUAUAUAUGAACAUGUUUAAAUAAAAUUACAACACAGAGUUGUAGAAUACAAUGCUAUUUUUUAUUUUAUGUUGGAAGUAUUCUUUGGUAUAAAUGUACAUAAUUUGUAUCAUGUAUUAAUUGUGUAAUUAACUGCCACCUGAAAACUGCAGAAGAAGAGUAAAUAAACCUUGAAGAUUAUA